AACAUUAUUGCCUUCAUUUCCUUGGUUUGACCUUUGCGGGAAGAAAAAAAAUGGGUUCUGCUCUUUCAAGCUUGUUAGGCUCUUCCGGUUCACCAUCAGAGGAUCCACCAUCUUCAUCUGAGUCUUCAAGGGUCUCAACCUUCCAUUCAGCUCCAAGAUGGCAACUUCACUUCAAUUCUGUCAAAGAAACCCCAAAGCUUAUGGUUAUAGAUUUCUCAGCUUCCUGGUGUGGACCAUGCAAGUUCAUGGAACCUUUUCUGAAUGCAAUGGCUGCUAAAUUCACCGAUGUUGAAUUUGUAAAACUUGAUGUUGAUGAGCUGCCUGACGUGGCACAGGAAUUUGGAGUGCAGGCAAUGCCAACAUUUGUGUUGGUGAAGCAAGGGAAGGAAGUGGAUAGGGUUGUUGGAGCUCGAAAGGAUGAGCUUGAGAAGAAGGUUGAGAAGAAUAAAUGCUAAAAAGACUAUAUACAAUAUCUGCAAUUUGAAAUUUCAGUUUGAAUACUUCCAUUAGUAAAUAUGUCAAAUGGAGUUUCUUGAGUAUGAUAAUGCUAAAUAAUGCUUUUAACUCUUUAUUGUGGAAUAAUGAUGGUUUUAUGUAUGUAAAUUUGAUAAAUCUAUGGUCAUAAGCUUUUAAUUCA